GGCAUCAGUAGUGUCAUGACGUUUGCGUCUUUGCUUCGCUCGCUUUCCUCUGUAGCUGUAUUAAUGCUCAUCACCGAUUCCGACUUGCCCUCACCUUGUAGCCUAAACUUGCGGCUACUCUGCUGCCACCACCCACCUCCUCUCUCUUCACCUCCCAUUCUCUCUCUCCGCCCCCUGCUUGCCUGCUCUACCCACCUCAUAAACUUCCCCACUCCUUCCUCCAUUUCCAUCCAUUCUUCUCCCCAGGCUGCCGCCGCUGGCAGCCGCAUAUGCUGCUGCUGGUGCUCUGCUACUCCUUCGUCAAUCUCUGCUGCCGUUUGGCAUUAGACGGAUUCCAGUCAACUCCAUCCAUUUUGAUGGUUAAACUAUCAAAGAUACUGCCGGUGCUGUGAAUGGCUGCUCAAGUUCCUCAGAUUCUUUAAAUUCUGAGUUCAUCCUCAAUUCGGGGCUCUUGGUUUAAGCCGUUGGACGAUUCAUUGUACCGCGGAGGAUUUUUUAUGGCUCAUGUUGCCUCGUGACAUUGUGGUCUGACCAAAAGCUGCUUUUACAUCUCCUUCAUGGGCUGUUCAGCUUCCAAGUGUUGUUCACAAUUGAAGUGCUCUUUGUGCUCAAAUGGGUGCCUGGGGCAGGCACCUGACUCCCCGAGGGAAUCCAGGGGAAAGUCAAGUCGGGGGAGAGGGAGGGUAGAUUCUAGUGGUUCAGAUGAUUCUUCUGGUGAUGAUCUCGGGGAAGAUGACGAUGCUUUUAACCAUAUGAAUGCUACAAGGGAAUCAACUGCUGGCAUCAGCCGACUGUCAAGGGUGUCGUCACAGUUUCUUCCUCCCGAUGCUUCACGCAAGGUUCAGGUCCCUUUGGGUAACUAUGACCUGAGAUACUCCUUCCUGUCUCAAAGAGGUUACUACCCAGAAUCACUGGACAAGGCAAAUCAAGAUAGCUACUGCGUACAUACCCCAUUUGGACCUAGUCCUGAUGACCACUUAUUCGGUGUGUUUGAUGGCCAUGGGGAAUAUGGAGCUCAAUGCUCGCAAUUUGUGAAGCGAAGAUUAUGCGAGAACCUGCUCAGAGAUAACAGGUUUCGUACCGAUGCUGUGCUGGCUCUUCAUUCUGCUUUUGUGGCAACGAACACACAGCUGCAUGCCGACAACUUGGAUGACUCCAUGAGUGGUACUACUGCAGUCACUAUCUUGGUCAGGGGUAAAACUAUUUACGUUGCAAAUACCGGUGAUUCGCGUGCUGUUAUCGCCGAAAAACAAGGGGAUGACAUUGUCGCUGUUGACCUUUCCAUAGAUCAAACCCCUUACCGGUUUGAUGAGCUUGAAAGGGUCAAGGAAUGUGGUGCUAGGGUUCUAACGUUGGACCAAAUAGAGGGCCUAAAGAACCCAGAUGUGCAGUGUUGGGGUACUGAAGAAAGUGACGAUGGCGAUCCUCCAAGGUUAUGGGUGCAAAAUGGCAUGUACCCAGGAACUGCUUUUACCCGUAGCAUUGGAGAUUCUGUUGCUGAGUCAAUUGGUGUCAUUGCAGAUCCCGAGAUUUUUGUCCUGGAUCUCAAUUCCAACAAUCCAUUUUUCGUUCUUGCUAGCGAUGGCGUUUUUGAGUUCCUUUCCAGUCAAACAGUUGUCGACAUGGUUUCUAAAUACAAGGAUCCUCGAGAUGCAUGUGCAGAAAUUGUCGCUGAGUCCUAUCGUCUUUGGCUACAGUAUGAAACUCGUACAGAUGACAUUACAAUCAUACUCGUGCAUAUUAAUGGGUUAACUGAUGAAUCUACCCAGACUGUUACGAAGGUGACUUUACAACCUUCACAACAAGUAGUAGGACUGGCAGGCCCUGAAUCGCCACUAAUAGUAAGUUCCAACACCAAUAAUCAGCGCUCCAAGCAUGAUUUAUCACGGGCACGAUUGAGGGCUCUUGAAAGUUCUCUAGAGAAUGGUCAAUUAUGGGUCCCUCCAUCUCCAUCGCAUCGGAAGACAUGGGAAGAGCAAGCGCAUAUUGAGCGGGUACUACAUGAUCAUUUCCUAUUUAGGAAGCUUACUGACUCACAAUGUCAUGUUCUACUUGAUUGUAUGCAACGAGUUGAGGUGAAACCUAGGGAUAUAGUAGUACAACAGGGCGGUGAAGGUGACUGCUUCUAUGUAGUUGGUAGUGGUGAGUAUGAAGUUCUGGCUAUUCAGGAAGAAAAUGGAAAGGAAAUAACCAAGGUUCUGCAUCGGUAUACAGCUGACAAGUUAUCUUCUUUUGGGGAGCUAGCACUAAUGCACAAUAAGCCGCUUCAGGCUUCAGUUCGUGCUGUGACCAGUGGAACAUUAUGGGCUCUAAAGAGGGAGGACUUCCGGGGUAUUUUGAUGUCAGAAUUUUCAAACAUACCAUCAUUGAAGUUGCUCCGAUCUGUACAACUGUUUACAAGAUUUACAGUGCUUCAACUAAGUCAACUUGCCGAGUCACUUGUUGAAGUAUCUUUUGCAGAUGGGCAAAUAAUAGUAGAUAAGAAUGAUAAAUUCUCUUCUCUGUAUAUCAUUCAAAGAGGUCGUGUGAGACUUAUAUUGGCUACUGAUCAAAUGACUUCAGAUACUUGGGAUCUCAUUAGUGCUGAAACAAAGCAGGCACAAAGUAGUCGGGAAAAUGGUAAUUAUGUGCUUGAUAUAGAUGAGGGAGGGCACUUCGGAGAGUGGUCUCUCAUUGGUGAGACUAUUGCUUUCACUGCUAUUGCUGUUGGUGAUGUUACUUGUUCUACUAUCAUGAAGGAGAAAUUUGACUCAAUUGUUGGGCCUUUUCCUAAACUUUCGCAAGCUGAUUCCAAGAUUAAAGAAUCUCUGGUAACUCUGGAGAAUGUUGCAGAUGGUGAUUUCCCUUUUAGGAGGGUGAAGCUCUCAGAUUUGGAAUGGAAAAUGUGCAUAUAUGCUGCUGAUUGCAGUGAGAUUGGUCUUGUCCAAGUCAGGGGCUAUGACAAGAUGAGAACUUUAAAAAGGUUUUACAUCAAGAGAGUACAAGAUCUCCAUAAGGAAGUACAAGUAUUUGAGGAAAAGGACCUUAUGAAAAGCUUGAGCAAAUCAACUUGCGUGCCAGAAGUUCUGUCUACUUGUGCUGAUCAGUCAUACCUUGGAAUAUUACUGAAUUGUUGCCUUUGUUGCUCACUGGCUUCAAUACUUCAUACACCACUAAAUGAGACAUCUGCAAGAUUCUUUGCAGCCUCAGUUGUUGUUGCUCUAGAAGAACUUCAUCAGAAGUCCAUUAUCUAUAGAGGUGUUUCGGCAGACAUUCUUAUGCUCGACAGAUCAGGACAUCUGCAGCUGGUGGAUUUUAGGUUUGCAAAGAAGUUGGAAGGUCAAAGGACAUACACAAUAUGUGGGAUCGCUGACUCUCUGGCACCAGAGAUUGUUCUUGGUAGGGGUCAUGGAUUUCCUGCUGACUGGUGGGCACUUGGAGUUUUGAUCUAUUUCAUGCUUCAGUCAGACAUGCCAUUCGGGUCCUGGAGGGAGAGCGAGCUGGAACCUAUUACAAAAAUUGCCAAAGGCCACCUUGUUAUGCCAGUGUCUUUCAGUGCAGAAGUUGUUGACCUUAUAACCAAGCUACUCGUGGUCGACGAAAACGCGCGCCUUGGAACCAGUGGUGCUGAAGCUGUGAAGAAACACCCCUGGUUUGAUGGCACUGAUUGGGAGCGAAUAGCAUCUGGGACUUGUGCAGCACCUGAAGAAAUCACUGAGCGCAUCAACUACUGUAUAGAAACUCUUAAUGAGGACUUAUCCGCAUCUCCUUCCGUGCCGAUUGAAGACCCAGAUGAUCUCACUGCUCCAGAGUGGAUCCAGGAUUGGUGAUCUCAAUAGUUGCAUGACUGUCCAAUGAUGAAUUGUUCUAGUUGAGGAAAACGUCUCUAGUUUUUCACCGAGCAUUCUCAUAUCAAAUGGAAGAAGGUAUACAUAAGAGUUGAUCGAACUGACAAGUUGUACAUACCAAAGAUUAUUCCUUCUGUGAUCAUAGAUCAGAAUUUGAGAUGCCAAGCAACAGAGACUUUGGUCUAUGUUUGCUGCAUAGUUCCUGGUAAGAAGGAUCUGGAUAGUUUGUUGGUGAUCCAUGUAAUUAUAUAUCCAAUUUGUGCACUCCCUUGCUGUUUCGGAAAUGGAUACUGGUCGGGAGGAAGGUCAAUAAUUAUCGUUGUGAAUACGGACAUUUCUUUCA